AUGAGCUAUCGAGAGCGCGAUGACCGCCGGGGCGGUUCCUCGUCCGGCAGAUACGGCGGUGAUCGGUCUCGUGACAGGCCACGUGAGCGAGACUCAUACCGGCAGCAGGAAGAGAGCCAGCCUAAGGCUUCCGGUGCGUGGGAUCCGGCGAAGGAGGCACUGGCCGACCCCACGUGGGCCCGAAUCUACAUCUCGAACCUGCCCGCGGACGUCACGAGCGACGAGCUGCAAGAAAUGUUCGGCGCUAUCGGCGUUGUCGCCCGCGAAAAGCAGAAGCGCGGUUUCAAGGACCAGUGGCCGUUCAAGAUCAAGAUCUACACGGACACUGACGGACAACCCAAGGGCGAUGCCGUUCUCACGUUCGAAGACUCAAACGCGGCUCGCACAGCUCCAGAAUUCUUUAACGACCGACCUGACCGCCGUUCACGCCCAUACUGA